AUGGAAACCGUAAAUUCGAUUCCAAAUCAAUUUGUAAGUGCCAAUGUAAAUUAUGAUGAAGGAGUAGAAGAAGUGGAUGUCUCUGAAAAUGUUCUUGUGGAUUCAAUGACUACCAUGGCUCUUACUCCUGACCUUAUUGUAUCGGCAGAUGGAUUCACUGAUGAUGAAUCUAGACUGACCCUAGCAUAUGAAAACUUGUACGAAGUGCCGCGGACCAUUGUCGAAAGGUUUUCAGACCACAUCAAGUACCUCGACAUCAGCCACAAUAAAAUUACAAAUCUGGAUGCUGUUGUACACUUUAAGCAUUUGACAUAUUUAAUAGCUGACGCCAAUCCAAUCACAGAGCACUGCGCUAUUCCACCAUUGCCAAAACUACAAUUGCUUUGGUUAAACCACUGCAAAAUUUCGUCACUUUACCCCUGGGCGGGCAAAUUAAAAGAGACAUGCCCUAACUUAGAGCAUAUAAGUCUGAUGGGUAACGCCGCUGCCCCGAGUUACUUUAAUGGCGGCACAUUCUAUGAAUAUCUUCAGUACAGGUUAUUUGUAAUUUCUAAAUUUCCUUCACUAAACCACUUGGACGAUCGACGAGUGACGGAAGACGAGAAAGCUGAGGCACACCGCCUGUACAAGAGGCCACUGGUGGAAAGAAUAGUAGACCCAGGGUCGGGGGGCCUGUCGCAGUUGAUUCACAGCUCUGUAUCUUGGAACGCCUUCCAGAAGAAAAUAAAUUCGUUCUGGACGCGAGAGAAGCAGGGGACUAGGAAUCUGCUGAUAUGA